UCAAUUUCGAACUUAACGCCUACAUUGGCGCAAUUGGUCACACUCGCGCGUCCAUUGCAAAAAAAAAUUCCGUCAGAUAUUAAAAAUAUCGAACUGAAGAGGGAAAUAGCAUAGUUGUUGUGUGAAAAGUGUACCAAUUACUGUGAACAACUAUUCGGCCAGGUGUUUAUUCGCGACUCGCUUAAGUCUCGCUCGUCUCCUCCGCCGUGCGGCUUCUUUUCGGUUUUUUUUUUGCACCCAAGCCAAAGCCAAAGUUGCGCCACUCACACCCCUACUUUGCGGCCGGGCCGCAGCAUUUCCAUCAAAAUGUCUUUGGAUGGCGCUAAAUUGCGGUAUGUUGACGAAAGCGGCUUGCCCGUGGUUGUGGCGGCCAAAGGACGCACCUUCCAGGUGGGUUCGUAUCUGACCUGUGACCUGGUCCUGGAUGGGCCCCAGGUUGAGGAGAUGCUUUGCGAAAUAAAAUGCGACGCCUUCGGCAGGGUAACCAUCAACAACAAAUCGCUCAAGGAGCUCGUCCAUCUGAACGACAAGGUUCUGCACGGCAAGCGGCCGCUGCUACAUGGCGGACGCAUCACCAUACUCAAUCAGGUCUACACUUGGGAGUUCCCCAAGAUCUCCGAGACGGAGGAUGUGCCGCGCACUCCCGAACGCCUGUCGCCCGUUGAGCAGGCUUCCAACUCCUGCCCAUCCCUGAAGUUGCAGUCCCACCGUCCUCAGAUCGACAAGCGUUUGACCGUGCACAACUUUCGCUAUUGCAUCAAUUCGGAUGACGAGGGCAACACUUCGAUUGAGUCGCGGGAUGAAAGCGAUGCCCAUGUGGAGGCAGACGAGAGCCUACGCUGCAAGACUCCGCCAAAUGCAGACGACGAGCCAGCAGCGGAAGCUGGUCAGACUCCGAAAGUAGAUCUUCUGGAUGCCACGCAAAACAAAGAGAACACCGCCACCCCACCAGCCAGUCACAAAAAGCUGCUGAAGCUCUGCGCCCUCUCCGAUGUGGUCAUCACCUCGUUCUCGCCCCGCGAGACUGGUGUCAAGACGGAGAAGUCCUUCACAUGUGUCCGCAAACCCAACGUGGCGACAAUCUCCACGCCCAAGAGCGUCUACAGCACUCCAAAGAGCGUGCUGUCGGAGCUGAAUGAGGACAGCUGCAGUCGGGAUCUGCUCGACUUCAGCACACCAUCCACAUCGAAGAAGACCCGGCGGAAGACCUCCAUGUAUCUCAUUGACCUGACAACACCACAAAAGCUGCGUCCUACGCUCAAGCAUACGCCCAUCAUUGUGUCCGACAGCGCCGACGAAUCGUCAGGUGUCUCGCCGCUCGUCAUAGACAUAACCCAAGCGGACACGCCGCCAUCUCCAGCUCCAGCUCCGUCGCACCAAGUGGCCAAGACACCCAAGAGACUGGCGGCUGCGGCGACCCCCAAGCGAACGCCACAGUCCCUGAUGAAACGGGCUCUGCUGACGAGUACCAAAAAGCAGAUUGCUGCCAAUCGAGCAGAGGCAACCACGCCUGUGGCCGCGCCGAAGCGACCAUCUCUGCUGCAGGCGCGUCGUCAGUGCCUCACCACACCGACUCGUCUGCCCUUCCAUCCACUGAAACGAACCGCUGCCCAACAAGCGGCCGAUCAGGAGAAGGCCAAGACACCCAGGACCUCGCCUCGCAAGCGACCAUCUCUGUUCUUUGCCAGUCCCCGGGAGAACAAACUGUCCCAGAUGAGGCAGUCCCUGGCUGGGGCCAGGCGCAGUCCCAAUGUGGAAAUGAGCAACAAGUUGGUGUCCAAGGCUCGACGCUCCCUCAGCAACUCUCCCAGGGAUGGUUCCCCCAAGCUAGAGUCGCCUAGGAUCGGGUCACCCAGGCAUGGAUCACCCAAGCCAGCCUCGUCCAUCGCCCCAUUGACACCACAAACGAGCGGAAGCGUGGGGAAGGAAUUCAAUAUAUCCAAAAGCAAAUGCUCCACCCCGGAGAAGCUGGACGACUCUGGGGAUAAUCUGAGCCGCACGUUUACCAUCAAGGAUGAUGAUGAUGAAAGCGGAGGAGAGCCAAGCAGAGCGGGAUCAACAGUCGAGGCUUUUGCUUCUUUAAUGGCCGGAGAAAUGGGCAGCACUAAAGCCAUCCAGGAGGUCAUAGAAGACAGUUUAAAGAGUCCCAAGACAGCGGUAGCCACUGAAGAGCCACCAGUAGAUGCAGUAGAUGAGAUUCCCAUUAUCGAGGAUAUCAUAUGUGAAGAGAUUCACGUAGAUUUGCCCGAGAAAAUCGUCGAGGGUGCGGUUUUGAUUGACGACAGCAUUUGCGAGGAGCUCCCCACAGAUCCGAAAGCCAAUGCAGAAGAAGCAUCACAAAAGGACCAACUGGAGAGUCUGGAGACGAUUGAAGAGGACAAAGCUUCCCUUGUAAAAGCGUCAACAGUUGAGAAGCCGGCUAUGGAAGUGGAGAAAGAAGCUCCAGCUUUACGUACACCCCUGCCUCGAAGGAGUUCGCGGCGCAUCUCCGCUGACCAGAGGACUUUGGCCACCACUCCGCGACGCAGCACUCGCCGAGCCUCUGUCGAGGUCAAUAGCGACCAGAAUGUAAUCGGACAACGCACGCGACGCGCCUCUUGCUCUGCGGCCGAUACACAGGCCCUGGCCACGCCCACGCGAAAGCGUCGUCUGACAGAGGAGAUGGGCACGCCAACGCGGCAGUCGAAGCGCCUGCUAAACACGCCCAAGCGAACCAAUUUAGUCGAUGAAUCCGUCGGCGACAUGGGCGUCAUUGUGGAGGAAGCUGCUCCGGCAGAUGAAAAAGAAAAAGCGGCCGCUGAAGACGAGGAUUACGGCACGGAACUGGCCACAGAUGAGCCCGACAAUGUGGACUAUCAUGGCCUGAGGGAUAUGCUAAAGACGCCCAAGAGUUGCAGCACGCCGUUGUACAAGGGCUUGCGGGAACUGAUGCAGACCCCCAAGAUGCCUGCCUCGCCCAUUCUGGGCAACAUUGAGGAGCUGCUGGAGCGCUCUGACAGCGUCUCGGACACGCCGCGAAGGAGCAGGCAGAGAGCACCAGCGGAAGAGCCAGAAGGCAGGGACCUCGACCGGAUUUUGAAGACACCCAGUGCCAAGAACAUCAUGGUCCCCAAUGAGCCAGCCAGUGCGGUGCUACAUUCGCGCAAGGAUUACACCAGCGACUCGGUGCUGAUAAGUUGCAAUUUGAGCGUUGGAAGGCACACCCUGCCCUUGGACAAUAUCUUCCACGAUGUACCCAGCACGUCCGCUGUGCAUGCGGACGACAGUGAAUUCGAAAUAAAUGUGACUUCCGUCAGCACAGCCACUGACGCCGAUCCCCUGGCUGCCUCCAAGCGAAACGAAUCGGUCUCGUCGGAGGACCUGAUGAACUUGAGUGCUGCCACGACUUCCAGGAAGACUGCGACGACCAGCACCACCUACAAAGCUGCCAUCAGGGCGGACCUGAACCUCAGCACACUGACUGAGGAGGGAGGGGCGUCCAGGGACACCUCGCCAAGCGCCAACGAUAUAAGCGGCAUCCAGCUGCUGGAUCAGACCUCGGAUUCGAUAUUCUCCGACCCUCUGGUAGUGUCAGUCUCUGGUGUUGAAUCGGGCGACUUGACCGUGGAGGAGACCAAGGUUCAGAGCGUCCGUCCGCCAUCUGAACCGAUCCCGAGUGACAAUCGUUCCGACACUGACUCAAUCGUGGGUCUGAGCGAACCCUUGGUGUUCAGCGAUGAUGAGGAGACAAUCGCAAAAAAAGACAUUCCCCACAAGAAGGUGGAAGAAUCUGCUGUGACAUCGCCCAACAAACACGCUGCCACAGACCCAACGAAUACAAAUGGCAAAGAUAUACCUAUAUCUGUCGAGGAAUCCAUAGAAGCCGUCGAUUCUUUAGUCGAUGAGAUUUCGUUGAUCGAAGUACAAGACAUCACGACUGAAAGCAGCAUCAAUGCCACCAAAGGCAACACCAUGCCCAACGACUCUUCAAUGAUAAUUGAACUGGACUCAAGCAAAGAAUCUGCUGUGACAUCGCCCAACAAACACGCUGCCACAGACCCAACGAAUACAAAUGGCAAAGAUAUACCUAUAUCUGUCGAGGAAUCCAUAGAAGCCGUCGAUUCUUUAGUCGAUGAGAUUUCGUUGAUCGAAGUACAAGACAUCACGACUGAAAGCAGCAUCAAUGCCACCAAAGGCAACACCAUGCCCAACGACUCUUCAAUGAUAAUUGAACUGGACUCAAGCAAAGACACCAAAGCACCGCAGGCUAAAGAAACGGAUGUCUCCUCUGUCGUGGAGGCUACGAUUACCGAGUCCGAGACUUAUCCUCUGGACUCUACAAUCGAAUAUUCGGCCAUUGAGCUGAACGUCUCAAGCCCAGUCGCAACUAAGAAAAUCGCAGCUGCCAAACCGGGAAUACUCGUAUCAGAAGUGGAAGCAUCGUCCUCCAAGGAGUUGCCAGAGGAAAGCGCAGCCGAAAAGUCAGAGGUUGAAGUUGAAUCGGCACCCAAAGAGCUGCCAGAAGAAAGCAUCACAGACAAGGGCACUGAAAGGAAGCCUGGGGAAGAGAGGUCACCAAUCAAGGAGGCCCCAGAGAUUGCAGUCCGAGACAUAGAUGAGGAGGAGAAGGAGAGUUGUGAAGAAUAUCCAGCUCCAAAGGAAAAGGAAGAUACUCCAUCAGUUGAGAAUAGCUUUGAUAUCAUUGAGCAAAUGCCAGAAGCAAAGGAAACGCCAACCGAUGUAUCUUUGGUCGAAGAAGGAUCUGAGGUAGAGGAUAUCCUGGGACUGUCGGCUGUUGUAAACGCUGUUCAAGAUACAAUUGACUUCGAAGAUCCACAGACACUAUCCCAUGAGACGGCUAUAAGCACAGACGAAUCCGAACACAAAGAAUUGGAAGCUUCUAGUGCGCCCAAGCCUGCUGGGGAACAACAAAGCGAAGCGUCUCCUGCUACAGAGUCAGCAAGUGAACCAGAAAAAGAAGCCCAUAGUCUGGAAGUUAACUCAAAUGUAGUGGACGUGACACAAGACAUCAGCAGAGCUGAAAGUCCAAAGGAAGCUGAGACACCACCUGAAGAUGGGGCAAUUCAAUUGGAUGCAUUCAGCAUUUUAGAAACUGUUGACCAAGAGUCCACGUCCAUCAUCGAUCCACCGCAAGAAGCUGAUGUGGUGCCAGAAAAAUCUUUGAUUGAAAAGUUACCAGAAGAGUCUUUGAUUGAAGAAGUGCCAGAGGAAUCGUUGAUUAAAGAGGUGCCAGAGGAAUCGUUUAUUAAACAGGUGCCAGAAGAAUCUUUGAUUAAAGAGGUGCCAGAGGAAUCUUUGAUUGAAGAGGUGCCAGAGGAAUCGUUGAUUAAAGAUGUGCCAGAGGAAUCUUUGAUUAAAGAGGCGCCAGAGGAAUCUUUGAUUGAAGAGGAGCCAGAGGGAUCUUUGAUUGAAGAGGUGCCAGAGGAAUCGUUGAUUAAAGAUGUGCCAGAGGAAUCUUUGAUUGAAAAGUCACCAGAAGAGUCUAUGAUUGAAGAGGUGCCACAAGAGUCUUUGAUUGAAGAGGAGCCAGAGGAAUCGUUGAUUAAAGAGGCGCCACAAGAAUCGUUGAUUAAAGAGGUACCAGAAGAAUCUUUAAUCGAAGAGGUGCCAGAGGAAUCUUUGAUUAAAGAGGUGCCAGAAGAAUCUUUGAUUGAAGAGGAACCAGAAGAAUCUUUGAUUGAAGAGGAACCAGAGGAAUCGUUGAUAAAAAAGGUGCUAGAGGAAUCUUUAGUCGAAGAGGUGCUAGAGGAAUGUUUGAUUAAAGAGGCGCCAGAGGGAUCUUUGAUUGAAGAGAUGCCAGAGGAAUCGUUGAUUGAAGAAGUGCCAGAGGAAUCGUUGAUUAAAGAGGUGCCAGAGGAAUCGUUGAUUAAAGAUGUGCCAGAGGAAUCUUUGAUUGAAAAGUCACCAGAAGAGUCUAUGAUUGAAGAGGUGCCACAAGAGUCUUUGAUUGAAGAGGAGCCAAAGGAAUCGUUGAUUGAAGAAGUGCCAGAGGAAUCGUUGAUUAAAGAGGUGCCAGAGGAAUCGUUGAUUAAAGAUGUGCCAGAGGAAUCUUUGAUUGAAAAGUCACCAGAAGAGUCUAUGAUUGAAGAGGUGCCACAAGAGUCUUUGAUUGAAGAGGAGCCAGAGGAAUCGUUGAUUAAAGAGGCGCCACAAGAAUCGUUGAUUAAAGAGGUGCCAGAAGAAUCUUUAAUCGAAGAGGUGCCAGAGGAAUCUUUGAUUAAAGAGGCGCCAGAGGAAUCGUUGAUUAAAGAGGUGCUAGAGGAAUCUUUAGUCGAAGAGGUGCCAGAAGAAUCGUUGAUUGAAGAGGCCCUAGAGGAAUCUUUAGUUGAAGAGGUGCCAGAGGAAUCUUUUAUCGAAGAGGUGCCAGAGGACUCUUUAAUUGAAGAGAUUCAAGACGAUGCCAUUGAAUUGGAAACCACGCUAGAUGAAAUUCGAUCUGAGGAUCAGCAGACCAAUGAUCCCAAAGUGGAAGAGCCCAGCCGAAACCAGAAAGAGGACGCGUCCCCACUGGACGUGCCUAGCGAUGCGGAGGCAAACGAGAAACCUGCAGCUGGAGGGCAGGGUGGCAUCACGAAAUCCGCAAUCGACACAGCAAAGGAAACAAAUAAUCUGGAUGAAUCAACUGCCGGGGAUCUAGCGCAGGAUAUAAGUUUGGCUGAAGAUGAGGUGAUUCUAUUGGAUGCCUCAAACCGACUUGAAGAUGUUUCUACCGUCGAGGAAAUGCCAGAACCUGAAGCAUCUCCAGCCGAAGAACCUGCAGAUGGAAAGGAUAAAGAGGAUGCCAUUCAACAAGAUGCAAAGCCAGAAGACACAACCCAAAACGAGAGUCCAAGUGAAGGUCAACGGAGCAAUGGCCAGGAUGCGGAAACAUCGGCCUCGGAAGCUGCCGAGAAAACGUCUCCCAGCGACAAAUCUGUUAUCAGGAAGCCUGAAGAGGCUUUCCUUCUGAAGGAAUCAACAGACAUGGAGUUAACGAAGGAACCUGCCAGAGAGAACGGAAAUGACGAACAGGACAUCCAAUUAGAUGACUCCAACACUUUUGAAGAUGUGGUGGCCACCUCAGAUGGUCGCAAAUCCCCAAGCGAUGAACUCCUUAAAGCAGUUGAUGAAGAACUCGCCCACGAAGCGGAGACAUUGACCUCGGAACAGACUUCAGUCCAGAGGAAAUCGACUAACGACGACAAAGUCAUUCCAGGGGAUGCCUUGAGCAUCGAUCAGUCACUUUCUGGCCACACGACGGAGGAUGAGAUCACUGCUGACGUCUCAGCUGUAGACCCUAAAGCAACACCAACAGCCACAGCCAUCGAGUUACCCAAAGAAAGCGAAAUGAAGUCCACAUCUGAGACGGAAGUCAUCCCCGAGGCCUGCACAACCAACGAAGCGGCUGCUUCUCCAGAGGAUUCAACUUCUGAGAAAGUUUCGGAAGCAACUCCAGAUGAACACAAAGUCGAAGGGAUUAUCUCUACACCAGAGCGGAAUAUUCAACAAGAAACUGAAACAGAAACCGGACCUGAAGCUGAGCAAAGAGGUCCAUCCCCUUCAGUUGAGGCGCCUGUAGAUGUAGCGAAAGAACUGUCUCAAUCAACACCAGGAAAAGAAGAGGAAACAUCAGAGAUUGUUUUGCGAUCUACUAAGGAACCUGCUCUUAGUGCCCCAUGUUCUAUCGCUGAGGGAUCUGUCACCCCACCACCUGCAGUUGAGCCUGUUAAGAAUCCAUUGCCUGAAAAGGAAGAGGAAUCCGCACAGACUGAAAGUUCUAAAGUGCCUGUUCCCAGUGCUCCAACUUCUAUCGUUGAGGAAGGCACCCCUUCUCUUGCAGUCGAGAAGGCAUUAGGGGAAUCAAAGGAACUGCCUCAAUCAUCAGCAGAGAAAGAAACAUCAGAGAUUAUUUUUGAAUCUACUAAGGAACCUGCUCUUAGUGCCAAAAGUUCCAUCGCUGAGGAAAGCACCCCAUCACCUGUAGUCGAGGUUCCUGGACCAGAAAAAGCAGAAAUUCGCUCCGAACAUUCUAGGGGAUCUGUUCCCAAUGCUCCGACUUCUAGCGUUCAGGAAGAGCCCGCUCCACUUGCAGUUCAGGAGCCAUUGGGAGAACUCUCUCAAUCAUCACCAGACAAAGGACAGGUAUCAGUAGAGAUUCGAUCAGACUCUACUAAGGAACCUGCUCCCAAUGCUCCAAUCUGCAUCGAUGAUGAAAGCACACCUUUAUCCACCGAGGAAAUACAAUCAGUUUCCUCAACAUCAGAGUCUGAAGAGGUGGUCGAUGAGACCCCCACAAAUCAGUCGAUAAUCGGCUUGAAUGCUGCAAACAAACCAUCUGCAAGUACAGGUCAAAGUGCGAACGACGAGAUCCAAAUAAUAUCAGACGAUAGUCAGUCAGUGUCGUCCCCGAAAGAAGAAACUUCUAGCCAAGAUGACGACGAAGAUGACGAUGAGGAUUGCGAUGAGGCCAUGGACAUGCUGGAAGAGCAAGUCGAUCCUGUGGAUCUGCACGUGAAUAGAAGGGAAACCACCACCAAAGUGUUCCCCUCUAAGGUCCAUAUAGAUGAUGAUGUGAUUGAGUUGAGCGACUCAAAUUCGAGCCACGAUUCGCAGGAGAAAGUCCCUACAGCACCCACAGUGGAAGCCGCAACAGAAGCCCCUGAAGCAGAGAAACCUUCGUCUUCGGGUGCGCCCGCUGGGGUUGUGGAGCCCAAAGCCAUGUCUGUUAAAUCAUAUACUAGUGGUUCUGCAAAGGAAGAUGAAGUUGCAGCCGCAACCCCUGAAGAUACACCAAGAGAGGCCGCACUCGAGCUUACUCCAGCCCCAACUGAAACGACAGGUGCCUCCGUAUCCGAGACACAAACACUUGGAUCCGCUCUGGAUGAAGAACAGGAUAUCGCAACUGAGUCUGAACGAGACAGAAGGAAUACGCUAGCGACGGAAAAGCCGCUCGAAAGUAAUUCUGAAAACGGGAAUCAAGCGCUUGAAGAAAACACCUUGAAAUAUGUUGAAGAAGAGAAGGAUGCAGAAAACAAUGAAAAGCAAGAGCCAGAGGUGGCUGCAGAAGAAGCAGUCAAGCAGGAGGCGAGGAAGGUAACAAGACUGGCACGCAAUGACGGGCAGCCGCCCGCAAAGGAGAUUCAGCCAGCCGCCAAAAGGGCCAAAAAGGGCUCGUCCGUGGAGAGAACCGCAGAGGCUAGCGAAUCGGAGAGGCCAAGGCGGCGGGGCCGCAAACCGUCCGACGAGGUACAGCCAAUCCUCGAGGAAAAGAAAGUCAUCACGAACACGAGACGGGGACGAAAGCCGUCCAAGCAAUCAUCAGAGGAGGCAAAGGACAACGAAGCACAGCCGAAGACGGAGGAGAUUCUGAAUCCCAUCACAGACGACAACAUGCCAUCCGAACAUGUUAAACAAAUGGAUCCACCAAAGCGAAACCAGGAGGAAUCCAAGGAGCUGCUUCCUUCGACAACAAAGCGUGGACGCGGACGUCCUCCAUCAGCGGAGAAGGAUCAAGCACGGAAGGCCAAAGCCCGGGAGCUCCUGGCAGCCAUUAAAGUAGAUCAAACAGUGGACUCCGAGCCAAAGAAGCUCCCAAAACGAGGUCGCAAAACACCCGAAGUGGUCCAGGAGGAGCAUACGGAGGUUAUGCCUGAGACAUCAAAGCGACACAGACGAGCUCCAACAGCAGAGAAGGAGGCCACAAAGGAUGAUCCACACAACCCCAAAACCCAGGAGCAUCUGGCAGCCAUCAAAAAAGAUCCACCAGCUGGGGAUGAACCAAAGAAGACCCUGAAACGAGCCCGCAAGUCCUCAGAGCUUGUAAAAACCGAGGAGGCCAGUCAGCAGCCAGCUAAAGAGGGCCAGCCAGAUGCCCAGGCAGACAGACCCAAGCGAGGUGGACGCAAACCUGCCAUGGAUGUGGAGGUGGCAGCUCCGGAGGAGCCCGAGCAUCCCAGGCGCCGAGGACAGAAAGCAGAUCCAACACCAGAGAAAGAAUCAGCCUCAAUGAAGCCCGUGGACCAUCAUCUGGAGGAGAUCGCUGAGGAAAUCGAGCGAGAGCCAGAGCCAAAGAAGCUGCUGCUGGACGACGAGGAGCCCAAGGCACGGCGACGCGGACGCAAAGCCACAGCCGAGACGACGGAUGUCCCAGUGGAGCAUGUCGAGGCUGCCAGCUCUCGGCGGCGCGGACGCAAGGCGACCGUGGAGGAGGGCACGGCCGACCAGUUGGAGCCCAAAUCAAAGCGUCACAGCGGAGAGGGCCCACCACUGGAGACUCCUCUUCCCGAGAUCCAGGAAGCAUCAACGGUAAAGCCAACGCGACGCGGUCGCAAACCAAGCGUGGAUGUGGAUACAGCAGAGAAGAAGCAGCCAACGCGAGCUCUCCGGAAGCCAUCGACGAGUGUCGACGAGGGGACACCCCAAGCCAAAAAGACAACGGCACGAAGAGGACGCAAAGCUUCCGCCCAAGCUGAAGGUAUCGAUGCACAGAAAAAUGUGCAGGAUGUGACCACAGAGUUGGCUGCCACCGUUACUGCCACCGCUUUGGCGUCCGCAGAGAAGCCCAACGAUGGGGUAUACCCCUCGCCCUCCCACACCGAGGAUGAACUGACGCCGCGUCGACGCGAGGGACGCAAUCUUCCACGGAAGAACUACACAGAAGUUCCCGACGAUGACAAGCCCAGCUCUGGAUCACGACGUAACCGAAAGCCGGUGACCAGCGGCAAGGCAGCAGCUGCCAAGACGCUCGAGAUGGAGGUGCAUCCCACCACGCCAACACCCUCUCAGAAGGGGCCACCGAUCGAAGAGGCAGUCAGAGCUACCCCAGCCACUCCAGAGAUGGCCACGGUGACCUUGCCGGACCCCACAACUUCGCAGAGACGUGAGGGACGAAAUCUGCCGCGCAAGAACUACACAGAAGUCCCCGACGAUGACAAGCCGACCCCGUCCCGCAGCCGGCGCCAGAGGAAUCCGACGGUCAAGGCCCUGGAGCUGCUUGUGGACACCACGCCCAGACCAGCCACGCCCAGGCGACGCAGGGGAAAGGCCGGCACUGAGGAGCCGCACGAGGAUGCACCUGCAGCGAAGAAGGUGGCCGAGGAAACAGAGGUAGCAACGGUCGCCGCAGUCAAAGGACGUGGCACCCGUCGCAAGGCCGAGGAUGAGGCUGAAGCAGAUUCUGCAGCGCCCACCAAGCAUGCGGCACGAGCCGGCAACGCACGCAAAGCCAAGGUCGAGACUGAGCCAGAUUCAGAGGACCAGCCGCCCACCAAGAAAGCACGUGGCGGAGCCCGUGCUAAGACUCCAGCGGUGAUCAUUUCUGACGAGGAGCCUGCAGAGCAGCCCGUGGUGGCUGUGUCCGCCAAAAAACCAGCCGCCCGUGGACGCGGACGAGCUGCCAAGGCAGCCCCAAUUGUCGAGCCAGAGGCAAUGCAGCCCGUUCCGUCGGCGGAAGCCGCUGCCCCCUCAGCCUCGACGGCACGCAGUGGCCGUGCCAAGAAGGUGCACUUCGAGGCCACUCUCCCAGUGGCAGAUUCCGCCACCAGCAACGACGAGGCGCCCAAGAGAGCGACACGCUCCCGCCGCAAAUAAGGAACUUCAUUUGCAUCUUGCAUUUGCCCCAUUGUUUAUACAUAUAUAAAUAUUCUCUAUCGUACAAUUUUUUUUAAGCUUUCACACACUUUACGAACUUCUGUAUAAAAUAAAAUUACAUCUAUCGAACACUCGAUGCAUGGCUAUUUCUAAGCUCUAUCAUUAGUACUCCGUGCAUACAUCCCUGUCCUGUCACCCCGCAAAAGGUUCCCAUUCCCUCGCUCAGAAAUGUAAGACCUUAAUAGACCUAGGCACACCAUAUAUACAGAUAUACAUACAUAUACAUAUAUAAUGUAAGACAUCCCCCCAAAUAAUAAAGAAAAAUUAAA